UGGAAUCAACAUGGCUGCCGCAGGAGGAUUGAUUCAGGAAAUGACAAACGUUUCACUCAAAUACAUCAUUGUUCUGGUAUUACUCCAGUUCAUUAUUGCUGCUAACGGUCAUGUUGCAAUCGAAAAUGAUGAGGUCUAUCUUCAUCAGAUAGGGAAGAGAGAAGCCAAUAACAGCGGGGCCUAUGACACUGGUGGAGGUAAGACCACAUUACAGCCUACUCCAAAGUCAGCAGGUACUACAACUACUCCCAAACCCAAUCAAGUACCGGAAGUGACCACAAAACAGCCGGAACUGACGAGUACAACUGGACUGAAUAAAAAGACAACAACGACAACAACAACAACAGCACCAACAAUUGCGCCAAAGGGUGGGAUUAAAAAGACAACAACAGUGCCGAUUGCAACCACGCUGAAUGGUGCAACGACAGAGAAGACAGUUACAGCUACGCCACCCAGUACACUCACGCCAAAUCCCACAACCACAACGAAUGCUGCAGCGACACCAAAUGGUACAACCACUACCAUGAGUACAACAACAUUGAAUGCUGCAGCCAAACCGACGGGUACAAUUAGACCACCAGGUACAAGCACGUCUGUGCCCAAGGAUGAGGACAACAAGUACUACAGUCUGUUGGUACAAGACAAAAAAGAGGACUUUGACUUUGACAAGUACUGGGUUGACAUUGAGAAGGACCCCAAGUUCAACGAUACUUACAAACCUGCGCAAUAUAAGUCUCUCAUUCGCAGGAAGGCCAUGAACGUCUCACUGCCCUGGCCAAUGGUUUACUAUGGACACAAGGUCAAGAUGGUGACACUGGCUGCUGGAGGUUUUAUCCACACUAAUCCGUUCACCAAGCCGAGUCUGACAGUUGCCCAGAAUAUCGCCCCGCUUAUGUCGGACCUGUCCAGAUCCUCAACCGAUAACAUGAUAAGUGGGAUAUUCAUGGUGUAUAAUGAUGAUAUCACGGUGUUUGAAUGGAGAGAAAUGGAACAGUAUCAGCACAACAAUUCAGAUGGAAGUGUAGUCAACGACACUUUCACGUUCCAGCUGCACCUGCUGGUAAAUGGCAAAAUCCGCUUUUUAUACAAAUCACAUCCAACCCCUGUCGCUGACAUCUCAGAGGAGCUCCACGACGUCAAAGCCGGCAUUUCUGAUGGCUAUUUUGUCAAACCCAAAACCGGGCUAGAAGUAUUGGUACCUUACGGCAUGAUAGAUAUAUCAGAUCACCUGAAAAAUGGCGUUGUCAUUACAUUCACCCCCAAGCCAACUUGUAUUCAACAGAGCAGCUGUGAAAAGUGCAUAAAGGUACCAGAUUUCCACUGCACGUGGUGUGCUGACCUAAAACGAUGCUCAGAUGGGUACGACCCGUAUCGCCAGUCCUGGUUAGAUAACAAUUGUACAGAAACAGGUGCAUCCACAUGUAGUACAACUCCUGUUACCAAGACUACAAAGGAGCCAACAACAAAGCCUGGAGCAGCUACAACUGUAAAGCCACAAGUUAAGCCUACUAAACGUCCAAAGCCCACCAAGGUCCCGUGUGUUGACGAUGGUGCAUCCACAUGUAGUACAACUCCUGUUGACAAGACUACAAAGGAGCCAACAACAAAGCCUGGAUCAGCUACAACUGUAAAGCCACCAGUUAAGCCUACUAAACGUCCAAAGCCCACCAAGGUUCCGUGUGUUGAUGAUGGAACUGGCAAGUGUAAGCCCUCAAAGCACGCACCAGCCAAGGGUAAAGCUGGGACAAAUGUUGGUGCUAUUGUUGCUGUGAUCCUUCUUGUAUUCAUCAUCUUCGGGGCUGGAGGAUGGUUCUGGUAUGCUUACAAGAACCCAACAUCUUCAUCAGGAAUGUGCCUCAUGACGGCAAAGACGUCCUGUUGUAAGAAGGGCCGAAUAUCUCGCAGCAGUAAAGACUACCAAGCAUUCAUGGAAUCGGACACGGAAAGUCUACCACUGUAGGCUAGGAACGCAUGCGGCUGAAGUCCAAGCUUGCUGGACAACCUGGCCCCCGUUUUCUUGGGUGGGCUCUUCCGGGUCAUCAUUGGGAAGAGUCCACUCUGGGAAAUGGGGGUGAACAACAUGGCCUUACGACUGCUGCUGACAUUUGUCUGAUUUUUCUCCCGAGAUGACUCAGAAAUUGGAUAUGUGUGAGGGCAGAGUUUUACGUCCAGCGCUGCUUCUUUUUUAUACUUGUGUGUGGUUGGCCGAGUACUGUUGAUUAGGUGUCAAUGUGUGGUAUAUCUUUAUGUAGACCUCUGUGUUGCAAAUGGAAACGUCAGUUCUAACACAAUUCUCACCACUUUGAGAAAAAAUGCAAAAUAAAUCCUUAUGACUUCAAAAAGUUGAGGAGUCGGUCAUUAUUGUCUUACACCACAAAAAAAGGUGCACUCAACAGUAUGUUAUUUGACUCGAGGGAAGCUGUGUUAUUGAUCUGUUGGAAUAAGAAAAGCAGUGGCAUUCAGUUAGUUUUCAUACCCAUGUUUUCAUUUGCAACACGGACAUUUGUGGCACUUCCUGUGCGGACAUAAUCGCACAGCAUGAUCAACUUGGAGGAUCCUGGAGUGUUUGAGAUUCUGGAGUAAUUGAGAAUAGUAGUAAGUGUCUGUUCAUAGCAUAGUUCUGCAUAAAUUCUUAGAACUGUGUUGAUUUCUGACAACUUUAGUAGGUCAAUAUCAUUUUCUUUGAGCAGAUUUUGAAAUAACUUGAGCUUCUGUGUUGGAUAAAAUCUCGCUUGUGGCCAUAAUAAAAGUGUUUUUGUAGAAGCUAGGCUUCGGUUAGAAGUUUUUGCAUCGUGUGCUGUACGGUAAAUUUGAAAUAAUUCGAGAAGCAGAUUUUUGGCAAGUUGUAUAUUUUUGGCUUUUAGCUUUAGAAGUAAUGCUUUUAGCCAUUCUGAAAAUUUUUGAAUUAGCAGUAAAAUUGUUUGAAUUAGUUCUUUGCACUAGAAGUUAAAUAAGUUAACUGUGAUUGUAAAAAUUUAAAUAAUUUAUUCCAGAGAAGCAGUGGUGGCCUAAUUACAUGGGUUUGGGCAUGAGGUUAUUGAUUCAAACUCUUAUCAGUUUUCAUUAUCAUACAUAUAUUUAGAAACAAUUAACAAUCGGCAGAUUCACUUUAACCUGCACAUACAUAGGCCUAAACAUAGUUUGAAAGGCCUGGUUUUUCCUUCGAAAAAUGUUCAAUCCCAUUGAUUGAGCAAUCACUGCAAAUUCAAAUUUUAAAAGUGAUUAAUUUCUGUACUCAUUGUAGUAAUCAUUAGUGCACUUGUAAUGAAGAUUUCUUGCCAACUGUUCAUAGUUGUAAAGGCUGAAAUUUACAAGUUGAUUUUUUUCCAUACAUGCAUGCUUCUUUUUUAGUUUGCUCAGUAUGUUAUCCUAUAUUUUGUCCGUUUUUGUCCAGCUUUAAUUGUGCUGUGUUUUUAUGUAGAUCUCCAGUAUACAUUGUGAGCUUGACUCCAUAUAUUCAGCAUUUUCUCAAUCAUAUCUAUCGUUUUCUAUUAUCUAAGGCUGCAUGUAGGUCCUUAUCACUCUGUUUCCUGUUGACCUAUAUCUUUAUACACUUGUUUGCUUCUCAUUGACUUUUCUGUGUUCAAACUAUUAACAGCUGAACAUGAUUUUUCUUCCCUCCAUACAAUUCUGGUAUCUCUCUUGGCACAUUAUUAGCACUCUUUUUUGUUGCUGUUUCAUUUUGUAUCCCCUUUCUACGCUCUUACAUAUCAGGCUUAAACAGUCCCUGAUGUUUACAAACUGUAGAGGAACAGAUACGUUAUAGGUACAUUGCGACCCACCCCGGGCCUGUCCUUUGAUGCGGUGUUCGUGGUUGACCUGCAGGCAGGUGUGUGCUGACACUAAGUAUCGUUGGCAUCCUGUGUAUAGAUGUAGAUGUUACUAUAGGACAACCAAGGUUUCAGUCUUGAUUCAUAUUGGUGUACCAAUUACCGGCCUGAAUAGACUAACCUGAAUCCCUUGUGGGUGGUGAAAUUAAGGGGCAAAAGAAGAUAAACGACUGCCUUUGACUACAUUGAAAAUCCCUUGACAGAAUAUUCUGGCUAAUCUAUUAUGUGCGUAAGUGGUAUAUUAAUUUGAAUGACCACCUUGAGUAUGAACAUUGAUUUCACACAUUCAGGGUUGUUGAUUUCCUAUGUGCUAGAUGUAUAACUAAUAUCUGUGUUCCGUCCUUCAGGGAGGUUUAGAAAAAGACGAGUGACAUUUGCACCAUUAACAUAUCACUUGAUGUAGAAUGGUCAGGCUAUGGGAAAUGACCAGUCACCAUGUAGAAUGGUCAGGCUAUGGGAAAUGACCAGUCACCAUGUAGAAUGGUCAGGCUAUGGGAAAUGACCAGUCACCAUGUAGAAUGGUCAGGCUAUGGGAAAUGACCAGUCACCAUGUAGAAUGGUCAGGCUAUGGGAAAUGACCAGUCACCAUGAAAGGUUUUGUGACUGAAUGGCAAAAAUUUGUUAGAAUAUGAUAGUGUGGCCAAACAAAAAAAAAAUUGUCAGGAUUUCUAAACUUUUCUUUUGUCGUUUUUCGACUCUCAUUCGACAUAUCUCUAUAUUUGUAUCUUGUUGGCUUUUGAUGUCUGACCUAUUACUAGUUGUGAUCUACGUGUAUAUCAUAAAUAUCUCUGUACAAAUGUUGUUAGUCCACAAGUUGGUCCUGUAAACACGGAGACCUCAGGUUGGAGUCUUAUUAACCCUUUGAGCACACAUACGCACAUUUUCGUUACAAGUAUGACUUACAAAUUUCUAGCGUUGUGAUUUCAAAUGAUGAGUACUACUUGAUCCACAUGGUAAAUUAGUUUCAUAUUUUUUGGCAGAAAGGAAGGUAUCAUGGCAAAUUCAUGGCCAUUCGGUUUGAGUAGAUAUAAUCUUAAAGGCCUAUGCCUUGUAGAAAGUAGAACACCAUACCUGCUGUAGAACACCCGCUAAAACACUGAUGAUGUGAAUUCAAACGUUGUCAUGUUGUUUUGGUACAAAAAUUCUUUUUUAAAGGACAGAAACUAAAAAAAGUGUUGCUGAAAUUUGUAUAUACUGACUGUAGUGGAUCUAGAAUCUUGGUUGUAGAUGUAAUUCCAAGCCAUCCUUUUUGUAUUGCGUAAGUUGUAGUUUUGAAUUAGAUUGUGCUAUCUGAAGUGUGCUGAAUAGUUGGUGGCAAUAUAUAACAUGAAUGAUACUGAUUACGAAUCAGUCUUUCAUGCUUUCUCCUAGAUCUGCGAAUAAUGUGUUCAUGUUUUAAAAGCACAGGUGAUUUUGUGAGCUGCUUGAGAUUUAUUCUCCACCAAGUUUACCCUCUUCUGUUAUCAAAAAGGCCUGCCUCCACAUUCUUUAUAAUUAUUCAUGCAGCGUUUUUAAAGCAAAUUUACCAGCCAAUCGUUCAUGUCUCGAUUCAUGCAGCAUUUUGACUCGUGGGUUUCUAAGGAAUCGUCGUCAGCAUUAACGCAUAAAUGCCUGUGGGCUGUGCACAGAGCGUACAUCUGAAAUGUGGAGGAAGGCCUUUAUUUACUACAAUGUACAUACCAGUAUAUCAAGUUGAAAUCUCAUUUCAAGCUAAGUGCACACGUUGUGAGUUUAUGACAAGAUGCCCAAAGGGUGACGUGUUCUGACACCUGUUGUUGUGUGCGGGUCUACAAAGUGAUGGAGGGGUCUUCACGCCAAAAUCAUUGUUGUUACCAACUGAAUUUUCAAACAGUGCCAUAUGACUGGCCUUCUCCAUCCUCAGAUGUGAGAGUUUCGUGGUUAUCCUGCAGAAUUCACAGCAUGUGAGCUUAGCUUUUCACUUGUUGUUGUCGAGGGCAGCUUCGAACCACUGUGAUAUUCCACGAUAUAAAUGGUUGUUCCUUGGAGUAAGUGAAAGCAGCGAAUGUGUAGUCAUUGUGUUGAUAUUGUAAAUAAACAUUAAUGCU